AUGGCUGAGUUGGAUGCGGCUGCUGUGCCGGUGCUACGCGAGCGGAUAUUGGAAGUCUUGAAGGAGGCCGACUUGUCUACGGUGUCUGCGAAAAAGAUUCGCCUUGCUCUUGCAGAUCUUCCCGAGGGAAGCUUGCCAGCUGGCCUGGAUUUGACGGCACAGAAGAAGGCUGUGGAUGUGGUCAUCCGACAGUGCUAUGAUGAGUACACGUCCAAGAAGCCUGCGCCCAAGGAGAAGAAGGCACCCAAGUCUGCAGCAAAGGAGAAGGAGCCAAAGAAAGCUACUAAGUCCAAGAAGCGUGCUAGCACUACAGAGGCGGAUGGGGAGCCGAAGAAGAAGCGCGCUCCGAACCCCAACAGCCCUAUCAACCGCCCGUUGCGUUUGUCUGCUGAGAUGUCGGAAGUCUGUGGCGGAAAUGAAAUGCCUCGUUAUGCUGUUGUGAAGCAAUUGUGGGUGUAUAUUAAGGAACAUAACUUGCAGAACGGGACGAACAAGCGUCAGAUCAACUGUGAUGCCAAGCUUACGAGCUUGUUCGGAAAGUCGACAGUGGACUCUUUUGAGAUGGCCAAGCUAAUCGGCCCGCACCUGCAAAAGAUUGAGCAGCCUACUGAAUCUUCAUAG